UGGGCUCCACCUGGCGCCCGGCGGCGCGGGCACAGCACGGCACGGCGCGGCACGGCACGGGAAGGCGGCGCCGGGGCCUGGCUGGAGUUGGGCGGCUGGUCCGGCCCUGCCGGCUCUCGCGGGCCUGAGCGCUGGGGCCGGGGCCGGGGCCGGGGCCGGGGCCGGGGCCGGGCAUGAGCGACGUGGUGGAACGGACGCUGAGCGCGCUGCCCGGGCUGCUGGGGCAGCACGAGCCGGGGGCCGGGCCCGGCGGCCCGGGCAGGGCCUCGGCCACCUCCCGCCUGGGCGGCCUCAUCCGGAGCAUCACGGCGCUCUCCUCCAAGCACGAAGAAGAGAAAUUAAUCCAGCAGGAACUAACCAACUUGAAAGCAACAGUUUCUGCUCCCGCUACAACACUUAGACUGAUGAAAGAAUGUAUGGUGAGACUUAUUUAUUGUGAAAUGCUGGGAUAUGAGUCCUCCUUUGGCUAUAUUCAUGCUAUCAAGUUAGCGCAGCAAGGAAACCUGCUAGAAAAAAGAGUUGGUUACUUGGCUGUUUCUUUGUUUCUCCAUGAAAAUCAUGAAUUGUUGCUUCUGCUUGUUAACACAGUUGUGAAGGACUUGCAGAGCACUAACUUGGUUGAGGUAUGCAUGGCGCUAACUGUUGUCAGCCAGAUCUUUCCACGGGAAAUGAUUCCAGCUGUUCUUCCCCUCAUAGAAGAUAAGCUUCAGCAUUCCAAGGAAAUUAUCCGAAGGAAGGCUGUGCAAGCUCUGUAUAAGUUCUAUCUCAUUGCUCCCAACCAAGUCCAGCACAUCCACGACAAGUUCCGGAAAGCCUUGUGUGACAGAGAUGUUGGAGUUAUGGCUGCCUCUUUGCACAUUUAUCUUCAAAUGAUUAAGGAAAACUCAUCUGGAUAUAAGGACUUAACAGAGAGCUUUGUAACCAUUCUAAAGCAGGUAGUGGGAGGAAAGCUUCCCAUAGACUUCAAUUACCACAGUGUACCAGCACCAUGGUUACAGAUUCAGCUCUUAAGAAUACUGGGGCUGCUAGGAAAAGAUGAUCCAAGGACAAGUGAAUUGAUGUAUGAUGUUCUGGAUGAAUCUUUGAGAAGAGCAGAAAUAAAUCAUAAUAUUACAUAUGCCAUCUUGUUUGAAUGUGUCCAAACAAUUUAUACCAUUCACCCCAAACCUGAUCUGCUUGAGAAGGCUGCCAAAUGCAUUGGGAAGUUUGUUUUGUCACCAAAAAUUAACUUGAAAUAUUUAGGAUUAAAGGCUCUUACCUAUGUUAUCCAGCAGGAUCCUAAUCUGGCACUUCAGCACCAAAUGACAAUAAUUGAAUGUCUAGACCAUCCUGAUCCCAUUAUUAAAAGGGAAACAUUGGAACUUCUUUAUAGAAUUACCAAUGGGCAGAAUGUAACUGUCAUAGUUCAGAAGAUGCUUGACUAUUUAAAACAAAGCAAAGAAGAAUAUACCAUCAUCAACUUAGUGAGUAAAAUUGCUGAAUUAGCUGAGAAAUAUGCACCUGCCAAUGAGUGGUUCAUCCAGACUAUGAAUGCUGUGUUUUCGAUAGGAGGAGAUGUGAUGCACCCUGAUAUUCCAAACAACUUUUUGAGGCUGCUGGCUGAAGGGUUUGAUGAUGAAAAGGAAGAUGAGCAGCUACGGCUUUAUGCUGUUCAAUCAUAUCUUGGUUUAUUGGAGGAGGAAGAUGCCAUUUAUCCUCAGAAAUUUCUUCAGGUUAUGAGUUGGGUUUUGGGGGAGUAUUCCUAUCUUAUAAAUCAUGAGGGUGAUCCAGAAGUCAUUAUGACCAGACUGCACAAAUUACUGAAGAAGACCUUUGUUACUUCUGAAACCAAAGCCUGGAUUAUGGCUGCAAUCACCAAAAUAGCAUCCCUUAACCGUGGCUCUAAAACAAUUGAUAAACUAAUCCAGGAAUUCAGCACUUCUCUGGAUACCUGCAUGAGGCAAUAUGCCUUUGAAUUAAAACAUCUCUGUGAAGACAAAGAUUUGAUGAAAAACUUGCUUCCACGUGAUGCUAGCUGUAAUGAUAUGGUGGUAGAUGCUUCCUUAUCUUUCCUAGAUGGCUUUGUGGCUGAAGGACUGAGUCGUGGUGCAGCACCAUAUAAACCUCAUCACCAGAGACAGGAGGAGAAGCUUUCCCAGGAAAAAGCUUUGAAUUUUGAACCUUAUGGACUGUCACUUUCUUCAAGCAUGUCGUCUUCUGGCUUCACUGGCAGGCAGUCUCCCACUGGUCUCUCUCUUGGUUCUGACAUGUCUGGUAAUAGCACUGAGAUGGGGCAAAAAGAGAUGAGUAGUCUGAAACUUGAUGGUGUGAAGAAAUUAUGGGGAAAAGAUGGCUACCUCCCCAAAAAAGAAAGCAAAACAGGAAAAGAAGAUAAACUGGAGGCUGUACCUCCAGGCAGCACAUUAGGGGGAAACAUGGUUGAUCAUCCUCUGUCAGAAGCUGAUCAAGAAGUUGUCAGCCCCUCAGAGGAGGAAAAAGAGAAGCAGCGGCUAGCAUCAACAUUGUUUGUUGGGCUAGCAUCAGACAGUGCUGUCAGUCUGAUGGGUAAAGCAGACACCACCACUCAAAAAUUCAAAAGAAAAUCAAAAAUAAGUGAAACCCAAAAUAGUGAAGAAGCCCCAAGUAUCCAACAUGAUGCUACCUUAUCUUUCAGACCUUUGCCUGAAGCACAAUCAAACGACAAUGAAAACAUUCAGAGCACUGAACAUGUAAGAUUAAGGAAAAGCUCACUGAGUUCUUCAGAAGUUUUGGAAGCUAGCAUCUCAUUUAAGAGACCUCAGUCCCUAACAGAAGCUCGACUGGAUGCAAAACUUCCAGAUUAUAGACUGUCACCAUCAUCUUUGUUUGCUGAUAAUAACAUUGAAGUUUUUCAGCCUUCCCAAGUCAUUCCAUCUGUAGUUGCCAGUAAAGCCUCCUUGAUUCCUUCCUUAUCGGAAGAAUUAGCCAACAACCCUCAUUCAGAAGCAGUAGAGCUUUGUAGCUGUGACACCCUUGCUGUGAACUUGUGUAAAGUUUGGACAGAUGACUGUUUACUGCUUGUCUUGUUUGUUGCCAACAGAAGCUCCUCAGCACUUAAGAAUGUGAAUCUAGUAUUUGAAAAUUCAGAACAUUUUAAGAUUGUUGAAGGCCUUAGCUACCAUUUUCCUGUAAUAAAAGCUCAAAGUCUGGAAAGCUGCCAGAAGUCUGUGCAAAUGGAAAAAAAUUGUAUGCAGGAGAUUCUUGUGGGCUCUCUUAAUUACCAUUUAGAGAUGGAGACUGGCCUUGAAUUUUCAGUGACUUUGUCACUGACAGAUUUUAUCAGGCCAAUGAAAAUUACCACUGAGGACUUUGGGAAAUUAUGGCUGUCCUUUUCUAAUGAUGUGAAACAAAAUGUAAAAAUGUCACCUUCUCAGGGAUCACUGUCAAUAGCUCUGAAUACCCUGCAGCAGAAACUAAAGCUCCAUGUUGUUGAUAUUGUAGGUAAUGAGGGACUAGUGGCCUGCCAGCUGCUUCCAUCUGUGCCCUGCCUGCUGCAUUGUCGUACUCAUGCAGGGAUGUUGGCCUUGUGGCUCAGAUCACCUUGUUCUGCUCUUCCAGAUAGUUUGCUCUAUCAGUGUCAAAAGGUGAUGGAGGAAACCUAACUGCCACAGUGCCUGCUUUUGUAAUGGAGAAAGCAAACAAAAUGAAUUUUUGUACACAGAAAGCAAAUGUAUAAGGUUUACAUGGUUAUGCUAAUAAUUACCAAAGUGAAAUUAGGAUACAGGCAGUCCUCAACUUAAAACGUUUCGAGUUACGUUUCACACUUACAAUGUUUAUAAAUUGACACUGUGUUUCAACUUUAUGACAUCAGUUUCAACUUACAACAGGACACCAUGCCAGGAAACAAAUUCACUGUCACUCAUCUCCCUAGAGAACAUCUGUCCAAACUUCCUUGAACACUUUCUUUUAGAAAGCAGACAAGACCCCAGAAGAACCUGCAGCCAAGACUCCUGAGAAGACUCUAGUCAAGAAUCCUUCAAAAAGUCCAACAAAGAACCCUUCAAAUAGUCCAGCAAAGUCACCUCAAAGAAGUCUUUCCAAAUCAAUAUGAUUGCUAUUUACAAUAUAAAUACAUGAAUGUAGCUACAUUACUCAUCUAUACUUGAUUGAGGACAAAAUUCUGGGGUAUUUUUAGUGAAAAUAGGGUAUUGGGCCUUGGUUCAGGAACCAAUCCCCUAUUUAUAACACUGAUUUUCUUCUGAGAAAAUUGGUUCCAAGUUACAACGUUUCAACUUAAGACACGGUUUUCAGGAACCAAUUGUGUCAUAAGUCUGAGGACUACCUGUACUGCUCCUCAAAAGCAGCUUGAAGUUGUGGGGUUUUUUUUGACAGGCAUCUGCUAUGUGGAUUGGUAGGAAGAUCUAAAGUAUGCCUGCAGAAAUGUGCUCAGGAUUGUACAGUCGCUGAAAAGUGUUCUGUAAAGUAUUACUAACUGUUCAGUUAAAUGUGUCUUUCUUAGUUUAUUGCAAAUGUCUGAAAGUAUUUAUUUUCUACUAUGUACAUUUUAUAUGCAGCAACAGUUUAUUUAUAAUAGCAGCUACUUGGUUCUUAAGUAUAUGGGAGAAAAAACAUAUUGUCACUAUAAAGUCAGCUUUAUACUGUGUAAAAAUACCAGUUUGUCUUUAUCAUUACCCAUUACUUCAUUGAAGAGCCUCUUUUAAAGCUGCUUUUAACACUAUUUGAAACAAGACCCCUUCUUGCUGUUGCUCAUGGUGCAUUAUCUUUCUGUAGAGGAUAUACAUGUGUGUUAACAUAUGGUUUUGCUAGUCAAAAGCACUGCUUGUGUUCUUUCAAUCAUUUGCCAAGUAUGUGCUUAAGUAAUGACAUCCAAUUAGUUUGGAGGGGGGAGAGAGAGGGAAAUAGGGCAGGGGUAGAGGUAGGUAAAACUGUUGUACAGUUGUGACUGAAUUGGAGUGUGUUGGAUUAUCAUCCGAGUCACCCAUAGGAUGUCUGCAGCUCUGUUACUUUUGUUUACCCCGUCUUAUCCUCCUUUGUGAGAGGCCUGUAAUAGUAGCUGAAUUACUGUGCAUACCCCAAAGACACUUUGCAAAUGGACAGUAGAGAAAACUGUUAAAGCUGAAUUUAUAAUAGUCAUGAUGGUCCUGGAUGUAUUCUUAGCCGUGUGGUUCUGGAUUAUGUAUUUGAUUUUGGUUUAUAUAUCUGUCCCUGAAACAAUUUUAGGGAAGAAUUUUAAGUAUUUUGAUUUUUCUCUUUAUAAUCUGUUUUAUCUGUUUAUUGAACUGUGUGAACUGUUGGCUUGUGCAGGCUUUGGACAUGACUUGUGUUGCUAUAUAUUUUUCUAAACCUUAAUGGAUCCAAUAAGCCCAGCAUGUAUGCUGAUGAUGUGUCUGGAUUGUUUCUCUCAUAAUCUUUUGUCAUGACCAGUGCCCAGACCGCAUCCUGGCCUUGAGACUCCUAAACCCUUCAUUUAUUUAGACAGUAAUAAAGUACAAGCCCUUUCUUUAUUUUAGUUAUUUACAGCUGCCCACAUUUUGCACAAACAGCUCUAUGGGCAUGGCAUGAAAAGCAAAUGGAACUGUUUCCUUACUCUUUUUAUAUUGAAAGCAAAAGCCUUUUACAAGGUAUUUCAGUUGUCAUCUCUCUCACUUAGCAAAUAUCAGGAAAGAAGUAUUAAUUCUGUUUUUGCUAUUAUUUUGCCUCGUUUUGUUAAGUGUUCACAUUUACGAAUGUAAUUUCAGUACGCUGAUGAUUAAAACAAUGUUUUUUAAACUUCCUUUAGAGGAUAAGCCAAUUGUCUUGUCUUGUAUUAAUAUCCACAGGUAUUGUUGCAGAAGAAAAACUCCUUUUGACGCUGCUGUUUCCAUACCCUAUGUGGAGGGCUUUUUAAAAAAUGCACUGAAUCUAUAAAUAUGUUAAAUAUUCUGCACACAUGUAGCAUUUACUUAAUAGCUUGAGAUUUAUAUGAAUGAAAACUUUUAUAGUUUCCUGGAAACUUAAAUCCCUGUUAGCACAGUACAUAAAUCAGAGUUGGGUGCUAUAAUUAACUUCAGUCUUUUUUUUAAGAACUGAAAAAAGUUACAGUAGCAUCUGUCUGCUGGCCUAUGCAUUUUUCACCAUUUUAGCAAUGGGUUGUUGAGUGUCUUAUGAUAUGAAACAAAUAAUGCCUUUUGUAUAUUUAGUCACGUGAUGCUCCUUCCCUCCCUUUCUAUUAUUUAUGUUCACCAUAUUGUUAAUGUAUGUUGUGCGGUUAAUAUGUGGAGUCUAAGAAAACAAUCAAAAGCCUUUAGCUACUGUAACAUGAAGGUGGUGGCUUUCUUUCACCUGUGGUACAGUAUUUUUAGACUGUCCAUCAAAACUAUUGUGUUGAAAUUUCUACUGUGCUUCUGUUGUCAUGUGAUUUAAUAAAAUAGUUUAAUAAAAUCUCCAGUUGAGUUUUA